ACACAAAAGAAAACAAAAUUGUUAAAACUCUCAAAAAGUGGAAAAUAUGAGGAACAUUACUGCUACAACCCGAACAAUGUUACUGCUUGUGAUUACAAUUUUGAUGGGGAAUGCGUAUCAUGGAGAAGCCAUAGCAUGUCCGCAGGUAAACAUGUACUUAGCACAAUGUUUGCCUUAUCUAAAAGCCGGAGGAAAUCCGUCUCCGAUGUGUUGCAACGGACUUAAUAGUCUAAAAGCCGCUGCGCCUGCGAAAUCCGAUAGACAAGUAGCUUGCAAUUGUUUGAAGAGUGUAGCUAAUACAAUCCCUGGAAUUAAUGAUGAUUAUGCCAAACAACUCCCUGCUAAAUGUGGUGUUAAUAUAGGAGUCCCUUUCUCUAAGACUGUGGACUGUAACAGCAUAAACUGAAAAGAAGACUUGAAUACCAACGGCCAUGCAGCUACGAUAAAGUGGAUAUCCUAAAAGACCAAAAGCAACAAUUUCUAGUAUAUAUCUUCUGAUCAUAUGGUUUAUAGAUGUAAAUAUAUCAUAUAGUUCUUGCCAAAUAAAAUGUGAUAUUCCCA